AUGCUGAUACGUGAAACUUCCUACUCAGAGAAGAAGAGGCUUGUUUUCAGGUCAUUUGUUGAUUACUCUCAGAAUAAAUGUGAUUUAUCUAUACUUCAUCAUGUCAUGUAUCUAUAUAAAACUGUGGAUCUUGAUGAAACAUUGGUAAAGGUUCCUGGAAAUUUUCAUGUGUCUACACACUCUGCAUCAUCACAGCCUGACUCAAUUGAUAUGUCACAUAUUAUUCAUGAAGUCAGCUUUGGAACUCAAAUGGGAGAUUCUGUCAAAGGCAGCUUCAAUCCUCUUAAAGAAGUUGACAGAAGUGGAGCUAAAGAUAUUGAAUCCCAUGAUUACGUGAUGAAGAUUGUCCCAACCAUUUAUGAAAAACUUGAUGGCCUUAAAAUUGAUUCUUAUCAAUAUACAUAUGCAUAUAAAAGCUCUGUGACAUUUAGUCAUACAGGACGUAUCAUGCCUGCAAUAUGGUUUCGUUAUGAUUUAACUCCUAUAACUGUGAAAUAUACAGAGACAAGACCUCCACUCUAUAGCUUCCUAACUACAGUAUGUGCAAUUGUUGGUGGAACAUUCACGGUGGCUGGCAUAAUAGACUCCAUGGUUUUCUCUGCAUCAGAAGUAUUCAAAAAAUUUGAAAUAGGAAAACUAAGUUAAUCAAAAUAGUGUAAUUAUUUCAGCUUCAUCACCAGAAUCUCAUGGGCUAAGGAGUUUCCAGUUUUUAUGUCAACCCUAAGCCAGCAGAGAUUUAAAAAAUAUAUAAUUUAUGAAUGUUAUGCACAAAUAGCCAUUAUCCCAUGCUAAAAAUGUCUUCUUUCCUUUUUUUUUUUUUUUUAAAUCUUUUACCCUGCUAAAAAUGUUGUAAAAGCAGCUGAUGUUUUUCACCUAAUUAAAAAUUUUUGUUUUAUUCAGGUACAAGUAAUCCUCAUAUAAUGUGAAUAUUAGGUUCUAGAAAAAUGUGGCAUUGCUAUACAAGACUACAAGAAGUAGAUUUUUAUUCAAAAAAUGAUUCUUUUACAUAAAAUAUAUAUAUUACUUGUCAAUUAACAAAAGACUCAUUGUUUUUAUUUAAUUCAAAAGAUUUAUUUAAGAAAACAUAUGAAAGGUAAAAUUUUAAAAUGUAAUAAUUUUCUUUCAGUUUUCUAUCUGCAAAAAAUUACCGUAUUGGGAUACUCCUUUCAUUCCAAAAUAACAAUUGUAAUUAAUACAAACUGGGUUCUAAGUAUAUAAAUGAAGUUCAAUUGAUGUUGUGACAUAGCCUUUUCUGGGCCUUCUUGUGAGGACACUGAAGUAGCUGGUAACUAUUAGCCAGUUUAAAGAAGUAUUUAAUUUUGGUUAACUAUUCAAAAUAAUCCUUAUAUUUCCAUCUACAUUUGCAUUUCAUUUUUGAAGAAACAUCAGCCCAAAUUUUACCUCCAUUUGAUUGUUUUUGAGUAUCUUUCCAAAUCUUUGGCACAGUCAAAUUUGUUAGCUCUCGUGUUAACUCUCUCCUGCAGUUUUAUUUCUAGCACCGUGCUUCAGCUUGUGACAUUUAAAUCAAUGGCAACAACUAUUGCAGUAUACCAUAAUGCUGCUUGUUAGUGAAAAUGUUGGAAAGGAAUUGCUCGAACUUGGAAUUCCUUUCCAACAUUUCAUUAUGUGCAUAACAGUUUGUAUUUUAUACCUAGGGUUAGAAGAUAACACUAGAAGUAUUCAACUACAGUACUCACACACCAAGCCUCUGAGAUUUGUUGGGCAUGUCUUCAUUCUCUAUUGCAGUUGUCUCAAACUGGCAGCCCCCAAAAUACAAUUGCAUUAUGGUUCCAAAAUUUGCAAAUGGAUAAGAUUGUGAAAACAAUAAUUAAAACUGGAAAGUACAGAUGUGCUGCGAGUCAUCGAGUUGCUUAAAUGUUAGCUUGAAGAAACUGAAAGUUAGGACGAAAGUAUUUAGUAUAACAAGGUGAGGCACUUGCGCUGAGGAGCUGAAUUUUCACAACACAAAGUAACGUAAAACCUUUAGAGGAUUUAGAGGAAACCUUUAGAGAUUUUAAAUAAAACCUUUAGAGACUUAUAUAAUGAUACAUCAAUAACAGAUUUAACAUUUUUUGUUGACUUUAAAUAUUAUCAUUAAAAAGUUUCAAGGAAAGAAUGAAUUUAUCAUUGGCAUGUGUGCUUGUAUUAAAAUUUUGAAAAUUAAAUUGCAGUUACAAAAAAUACAACUUAAAUCAAAAUAUUUCAUAAAUUUCUUCCAUCGUAAAUCCUUCCCUAUUAUUUCAAAUGAAAAAUCUCAAAAAUUUGCCUGAAAAAUAGCCUUAUUACAAAAAGAAUUCUGAGAAAAAAGUAUUGAUAUUAAUGAUAUAGACCAAUUAUACACUUUUUUUAUUACCAUUAAAAUUAAUCUGAAAAGUGCACCAGAAAUUCUACAAAUAGAGCUGAUCAAUUAACCAACAUUGGUUAAAUGAUAAAAAUAUGUCUGAGGAUUUAAAGAUAAAGUUUUGAUUAAAAUUUAUUCACACUUGUCAACCGAUAAAUACUCCGAGUUAUAAAAUUAAAAAUAAUCUCUUUGUGUGGAAGUGCAAUUAUAUUUUAACAGUAUGGUUCUCAGUUGAAAAUUAGUAAGUCUGGAGAAAAGAACUUAAUUGAUCGAUGAGCAUCUGAAAUCUUUGAUGAAGAUAGUUUCUAGAAACUUUUCUCCAGGUCUAUAAACUUUAUUAGAAUUGAUGUGCCAUCAAGUAGUAUCAAGCUGUAUUGAGAAAUAAAGAAAUUUAUAAUUUUACACACAAAUAUGUGUAUUUUUGUCUGCAUGAGUAAAAAAAAUAAUAAUAAAUUAAUAAUUAAUUAAUUAAUAAUAAAGAAAGAAUGUUGCCAUUAUUUGUUCUCAAGCUCUGUCCCAUUUCGAAAAUAUUCUGGAUAUUUGGAAAGUUUUUAUAAAAUUUGUUGAAGUAAGUUAUGUAAGUGGUUAGUUCAACAUAUCAGAAUUAUUUGAGAUAAAUGUCAGUCUGAAAAUUUAACAUUUAAUUGUCAGUACAUUUGAAUUAUGAAUUGUAACUAAAAGCUACUAAUAUUAAGAUUUUAGGAAGGAAAUAAAUAUAAAUUUUUCUUUUUCAUUAUGUUUAUGAUUGUUUGUUAUGUUUUGUUUACUGUCUAUAAGAGAUUACAUGCCUAAUGAAAAUAAAGAAGAAGGGGGGGGGAAAAAGAGUUUAACAAAAAGAUGAAAAUUUAAUAAUUUUAGACAGAAGGAAGUAAUUAUACGUUUGAAAAAUAAAAAGGAAGUAUAUUGAAAAAAAUUGAAGAAAAUACAAUUAAAUAUAGUUGAAAAAAAAAAUUUGAAGUAAAUGUUUGAGGCAAAUUAAUUAAAAAAAUAAUUUUCAAAUAUGUUAUAAAUUUACAUGCAACACAUUAUACACAUGCAUUACAUGUGACAUCAGGUUAUUAAGGGGUGCUAUUCAUAAAAAAAGUCCAGCCCAUCUGCUGCUUUCAGAUCAUGAAUUCAGCCCAUUAUGAAAUUUGAGUUUGAGACACACAUAUAUUGUGAUGAGUUUUGAAGAUUUCAAUGUCUCAAGAAAUUACCUCUUCCACACUCACACAAAAACAUACUCCCUCCUUUUUACCGUUGGUGGACCCUGCAUAGCAGCUUCCUAAUCACACCAUGUAACUUUAUGGAUGUUUUUGAUACAGACAAAACCAAACAUCAGCUAACUGUAGAUUUACAGAUAAGGACACUUGAUUAUAAUUCUUUACUUCUUUCUCAUUUUUCUUUACAACUUUUCCAAAUGUAUGUCAUAUUUUUGAAUAAAUGGAGUAUUAUUAUAAAUGUUGUAAAUGAUUAUUUUUUUUAAAUAAAUAUGUAUUUAUUUUGUUAAUUUCCAUAAUAUAAUACUCUCUAUAUACGUACUUAUGGUCUGUAUAUCACUCUAUAACAAUAUACUAUAAUGAUGAGCUUCAAAACUUUAAGAAGCAAUUUGCUGCCUAAAAUGAGUGGCAAAAUUAAGUACUAAAUAGCAAUAAAUUGGCUAAGUAAAUAAUAAAGUACAGUUUUAACAAACUGGUAAAAAUGCUUUGGGAAUUGUUUCUGCCAAACUGGUUAAAUCAUAUGUUUUUCCCCCAUCAAAUUUAAUUUGUUUACAGCAAUGGUAAUUCCUUGUAUCGGUCUUGUGGGAGUAUAUAAGUACUCACUUUUCAUGAAAUGAAUCUGCAGAUUUAGUUACAAGAUACUGUAUGUUAUGCCUUUCCAUCUGUUUAGAUACAAGAUACUGUACUGCUUACAAUUUAUUUCUGGCUUUAGCACUUUCUUUUAGCUGCCUUAUCAAUAUUAAAUGUAAUAAUUUUAUUUUUCCCUUAAAGUGAAACUGGAAGCUGGUCUUUCAUUUCAAGUCCAUACCUAAUAUCACCUUGAUAUAUGCAUCAUUAAAAGUAUACAUCAGAUAAAAAAAUUAAUACUCAUAUACAUACUAUUUUAGAAUCUACCCUAUAUAUUACAAUAACUUUCCUUCCUUAUUCAUUUUCCUCAUCAAACAUGUGCAAUGAAUCAUGUAAGUUGCAUAAAUACUACAUCGUAUGAGGAUCAUUACUAUUUUAUAAUAGCAUCAUAUCAAAGAUAGAGUUAUAUCAUUGUUAUCUGUACAUUUCAAAUCACAUUAUAUGAAGGUUACCUGUAUAUUUUAAAAAGAGUUUGCUGUGAUUUAUUUAAAAUACAUAUUUGUUGUAAUGAAGUUUUAUCUUACAAAAACUUCCAAAACUCGUAAUAAUUGUGCAUUUAUUUGAGAUUACCCAUUUUAUUGGUGCUAUAAUGGUUUUAAAUUAGUGAAGUAUUUUUAUAAUUAUAUAUGCUCUUUUUAUUGCUACAGUAGGUGCUGCAUAAUGUACACAUUUAUGCAUGGCUAUUUUGAUAAUAUUAAUCAAGACAAAGGAAAAAAAUCCUUCAAAAUUGCAAUGGAAUUUAUCUAACUUAUUAUAAAUAUAACUAGGAACAUAUAAUAGGUCUUUUCACAGCAUUUUAAUUAGGAAAAUGCAAAAGUUCAUAAUAUUUCUGGAAAUUAUUUGAUCACUGCUUGCCCGUAAUCUUAAUACUCAGAGGGCAUCCAUCAUUGGGAGCCUGCCAAUGUAAAAUUUAAAAUUAAGCAAAAAAGGAACCUUAGUUUGGGAUAAAUGUUUCCAAGGAGAGAAAGUAGCUCUAUGGACAUUUUUUCAUCCUGAAGAAGAGGGACCUGUGCCUGAUCCCAUUCUAAAUUGAUAGUUAAUGAAAAUCUGGUGUCAAUUUAAGAUUGGUUUUUUACAUAAUUUUAAAUGACUGACUGAUAUCAAAACACCAAGUUUAAAGACACUUUUCUCACUUGGCAACAUUUCCCUGUAACUUGGUGAUUUUUAUAAUGCAUUUUAAACUUAUUUGAUGACUUUACUUCAGUUAAAAAGUAUAUUUUUUAAUAUUUUGAUAAUAUUAAUGGAACUGUUUGUCACAAUAAGUGACUAUUUUCCAUAUUUUCAUUUAUUUUUCAUAUAAAAAAGGCUGGGACUUCAGUAAUUCAAAAACAGUAUCCAAGUGAUAUCAUUAGGUGGCAUUUACUGUACUCUAAAUCUGACAUUUAAAAUUUAUUGUGCUGUAAUAUUUUAUGCUGUAUUGAACAGAUUUCUUCCAGAAGUAUGUACAUAUGAAAAGUUUUUUUGUAUAUAAAACAACGCAGAAAUGUAGUUUAAGAUAAAAAUAUAAAUUGUUUGUUAUUUAUCACUGUUACAACAAUCAAAAGUUCCCUUCUUAAGCAGUAUUUUUCUAUUUUUAUGUACACAAUUUGUGUUCCAAUCAUGUCUUUUACUUUAUCAAGAAAUAACAGCAUGUCUUAAAAUUGAGAAAUUAUUAUUAUUUCCCCCCCUAAUGAGCCAUAUAUGUACACAACUUAUCAAACCUUGCUAUAACAUAUUUCAGUGUGCCAAAAGUUUGGUUCAUUACAUCCAGUGGUUUGCUAUAUCUGAUUCUGAUAUGGUCAGAAAAAUGGAUUAUGUCACAAAAAAGUAUGGAAAUAAGUUGAUAAAUCACCAAAAAGGUGGGGUGGAGAAAGAAAAAAAAGAAUUAGCAUUAUCACACCUAAAAAUUAUAAAUAUAUAAACAUAAAGUGAAUAAUAACUCUACUAUAAAAAUAUAUUAAGAGUUAAUUUCAGUCUUUAUCUCCUGCAGUUAUUGAAUUCGUUUUUCAUUCUUUUUCCAAUUUCACAAUAGUUUUUACACAUAAGCUCAGAGCCCUUCCAUCAAAAUAUAUGUUUAUCAUAUGUUUCUCUCUAAAAUAUACUUGACACAUAUUAUUUAUUACUGUAAUACAUAGUAUUAUUUAAUAUAAUAAUAAAUAAUCAUUUUUUGA